UUGGACAGCAGGUAGAGCUGGAUGAUGGCAAACCAACGGCAUCAACGACAUCGACAAUGCCCUGCGCUCGCGUUUCUAGUUGCAAUGAGCUUGACUGGUUCGUCCAUGUCGUUCGCCCCACCAUUAGCCGCCAGAGGUAGUGGUGCGGCACGACCGUCCCUAUGCGGCGUAACAUCAAGCAGCCGGUCACCGUUGAGGUGUGUUUCAAACACCUCACCAACAGCUCCUCGAGCAGCAGCAGAAGCAGCCGGCGAUCAAGAUGAUGACAGAAGUAGCGCCAACGAUGAUGAUGGCAUUGAUGAACUCGUUGGCAUCGACGAGUUCAGGGCAAACAAGGCAGAGAGGGAUCGACUAGAAGAGCAAGUUGAAGACGGACGGCGUGCGGUCGUCGAAGCUGCGGCAGCACCCGUAGCUGGCGUGGGGAAGGGUGUGGGGCUAGGCUUGGAGGGGGCAAUAUUCCCGAACGACGCGUUCCCGGGCUCGCCAGUCACCAAGGAGAUUACGCUCCAGGAUACCAAGCUCGAGAAUGGACAACCCGAAGCAAUGGUCGGGUUUUGGAAGCUGUACGGCAGCACAGGUGAUGGCGAAGACCUAAGCGGCCGCGUUAUCCUUCGAGCUGACGGCCAGGUGGUGGGCGGCCCAACCGUCAGAAAAACGCCUGGUGUCGAGUGGAGCGAUCCAGAGGGCCUCCAGCCCGUGGGCGGAAGGUGGGCGGUCUACUCGGACAAGAGGACCAACAGGGCGCGCCUCAGGUUCACCAUCGUGCUGUCUUUCGAGAAGAAGCAGCAGCUGGAGAUGGACGGGACGGUGUUGAUGGUGGACGGCAUGGGCGAGAUGGGGGGGCUGCUGUCGGAGGGAAAUGACGGGGAGGGGGCGGGGGAAGCAGAGUUGGGUGGUGAGCCCAAGCCGCAGGUGUUUGGCGGCGUCUUCAAGCGCAACGGGGAAGUGAUGGACGACGGUGAAGGGGAUUUCGGCAUGAUGAAGGUGCCCGCCGGAGAGGACAAGCUCGUCGCGACCGUUGGAUCCCAGCAGAAGCGAUUUUGGUAG